AUGAACCAGUCGUUCAAAAGUGAGAAAGUGGUUGCCAAAGCUAAUGAAAAUGAAGCGUCAACUUCACAUGUUGUAAAGGACAAGUUUGUACCAUCCUACACAUAUAGCAGCUGGAGAAGGUUGCGUGAUGUUUGCCGUACAUUGCAAGAAACGCAGGAGAUAGUUGCACUUCAACGAAAAAAACUGGAUGUACUGUUGGCAAGUGAGGAAGAGUACCGUGAGCUGGCCGAACGAGUACAAUGCGAACAAGUUGAACUACAAGCAUUGCGAGAUUAUGUAGAGAGGCAGAAAUGUCGUAUAAUGACGUGUCGUAUGAAAUUAAUUCAUUUUAAUGACGAAAAAUUCCAGAAAGGUAUUUAA